UAGCGCCGAGCAGAACCCACAGCACAGGAUGAAAUUAGAAAUACCAAACGAGCCACCACAAUAUCUCAAUGAGCAAUUUUUCAAGGCAGCCUUAGAGGAUGGGCUGCGUGACAUGCGUAUCGAUAUAAAGAAAAUCAUAUUCGCCGAAUCGAAUGGCGGUGGCGGUGAGAACUAUUGCAGUAAAAUAUAUCGUGCCAGGGCUUUGUACAGGAGUAGCAAACGUCAGUUGGAUGAAGAGUUAGCGUUGAUCGUGAAAAGUAUAGCCAUAACACCGGCUACACAGUUCCUGGAAGAAUUGGCUGUUUAUUUACGAGAGAAGAUUUUCUAUUUCGAUGUACUUGGACGGCUGGAAGUGCUGAUAGGCGAUGGGUCUAAAUUCGGACCUAAAUGCUUCUACACAACACGGGAACCCAUACAGACCAUUGUUUUCGAUGACCUCACCCAAUAUGGAUAUAAAUUGGCCAGUCGGCAAAAUGGUCUUGACGAGGUGCACUGUAUAGUUAUAUUAAAAAAGUUGGGCAAAUUUCAUGCGACCUCCAUGGUGUUGGUGGAAAAGGAUCCCUCGGUUCGCGAACACUUCACCACAGGCAUGCUGGAUGAGCAUUAUAUACGCACCAACCAGCGUUUCAUUGAUUUCAUGACCCUACAACUACGCACACUCGCCGAUGUAGUGGCUAAGUGGCCAGGAUAUGAGUCUAUUGCUGUUAAAUUGCAUCGCCACUGCGAUGAUAUCAAAGAAAACCUCGUGGCGACAGGACAACGGAAUCCUGGCGAGCUGACU